UCACCAGCUCGUGUCCAACUGGAUAAUACGUCUUUGAGUUCAAUGAGUAGAGAGUGGACAUGAAUUGAAAGACAGAAAUUCAAAGCGAAUACAACCGGUGUGAGCAAGCCGUUUCCCCACAUAUUUUCAUCCGGAGCCUUAUCAAAGAUGCAACAAUGACUCAACCGCAGCUGAACGAGUUUAUUCCUCCCCCGGAGUGCCCUGUUUUUGAGCCCAGCUGGGAGGAAUUCGCCGACCCUUUUGCGUACAUCAACAAAAUACGACCAAUUGCGGAGAAAACUGGCAUCUGCAAAAUCCGACCACCACCGGAAUGGCAGCCACCUUUUGCUUGUGAUGUUGACAGACUAAAGUUCACGCCACGAAUACAAAGGCUUAAUGAGUUGGAGGCUCAGACUAGAGUCAAACUCAACUUCCUGGAUCAAAUUGCUAAAUUCUGGGAGCUCCAAGGAUGCACUCUGAAAAUUCCUCAUGUCGAAAGAAAGAUUUUAGAUCUGUACCAACUCAAUAAGUUGGUAAAUGAAGAGGGAGGCUUUGACGCGGUUUGCAGAGAACGCCGCUGGACUAAGAUAUCAGUCAAGAUGGGAUUCGCUCCUGGCAAGGCCAUCGGCUCUCAUCUGCGGGCGCAUUAUGAGCGGGUCCUCUACCCAUAUAACCUGUUCCAGAUUGGAUCCAAUCUGCCUAAGGCCACCUUGACCAACGACACUAAAGACAAGGAGUACACGCCACAUGACCUGCCACAGCGCCAGUCUGUGCAGCCCCAAGAGACCUGCAGCAUCGCUCGCCGGGCUAAACGAAUGCGAUCUGAACGGCUCUCUUUCAAAAAGGAACCUGGUGAAAUUUGUGAGAAUCGCCCCAAUCUGAGGAGGAGAAUGGGAACCUAUGUUGGCAAACCAGAACCUGUGAGAAUGGCAGUCACUGAAAUAAAACAGGAGCCAACCGAACAUGCGGACCCAACAGAACACGAAGAAACCGAUUUAAAUAAAAUAAACAAACCUCCACAAAAUAAAGUGGACCAGUACAUGUGCCUGAUAUGUGGUAGUGGGAGUUCAGAGGACCGCUUGUUGUUGUGCGACGGCUGCGACGACAGCUACCACAUCUUUUGUCUCAUCCCGCCCCUUCACGACGUCCCUAAAGGUGACUGGAGGUGCCCCAAGUGCCUGGCUCAGGAAUGUGGUAAACCUCCUGUAGCAUUUGGGUUUGAGCAAGCCAGCAGGAGCUACACCCUCCAAGCUUUUGGGGACAUGGCUGACUCGUUCAAGUCUGAUUACUUCAACAUGCCAGUUCAUAUGGUUCCUACUGAGCUGGUGGAGAAGGAGUUUUGGCGACUUGUCAGCACCAUUGAGGAAGACGUCACUGUGGAGUACGGAGCAGACAUCGCCUCCAAGGAGUUUGGGAGUGGUUUUCCCGUGAGAAACAGCCAUUUUGAAGUCUCUCCGGAGGACGAGCAUUACCUGACCAGCGGCUGGAACCUGAACAACAUGCCGGUGCUGGACGCCUCGGUGCUGACUCACAUUACAGCCGACAUCUGUGGGAUGAAGGUUCCCUGGCUUUACGUGGGGAUGUGCUUCUCUUCUUUCUGCUGGCACAUUGAGGAUCACUGGAGCUACUCCAUAAACUACCUUCACUGGGGUGAGCCAAAAACGUGGUACGGAGCUCCUGGUUAUGCUGCAGAGCACCUGGAGUCCGUCAUGAAGAAACUGGCUCCGGAGCUGUUUGAGUCUCAGCCUGACCUGCUCCAUCAGCUCGUGACCAUCAUGAAUCCCAACACGCUGAUGAACAACGGCGUCCCGAUCUACCGCACCAACCAGUGUGCAGGCGAGUUCGUGAUCACUUUCCCCAGAGCUUAUCACAGCGGAUUCAAUCAGGGCUUCAACUUUGCUGAAGCUGUCAACUUCUGCACCAUGGACUGGAUGCCCAUUGGCCGUAACUGCGUGGACCAUUACCGUCAGCUGAGCAGAUACUGUGUCUUCUCCCACGACGAGAUGAUUUGCAACAUGGCCUUCAAAGCAGACACGAUGGAUGUGGAGCUGGCGUCGGCACUGCUGGAGGACAUGACCACCAUGAUCCAGGAGGAGAGGAAGCUACGAGAAAAGAUCGACAAAAUGGGCGUGGUGCAGUCUCGACAAGUUGAUUACGAGCUGCUCCCAGAUGAGGGGCGGCAGUGCUGCAAGUGUCGGACCACCUGCUACUUGUCUGGCAUCGUUUGCUCCUGCAGUCCUGACAAGAUGGCUUGUUUGUACCACGCCCAACACCUCUGCUCCUGUCCCCAUAGCAACCUCACACUCCAUUUUAAGUUUACCCUCGACAAAUUAUAUCCGCUGAUGGAGUCAGUGAAGCUGCGGUCGGAGUCCUACAAGGAGUGGCUCUCUGCUGUUGAAGACAUUGUGGAGAACAAAGGAGCCAAGAAAAAAGGUUUGGAGGAACUUCACAGCUUAGUGGAGCAAGCUGAAACCAAGGCUUUCCCUAAAAUUAGCCUCCUGGAUCAGCUGCGCACCGUCGCCUCCGAGGCUGAUAAAGUUGCUGUGAUGGCACAGCAGCUUCUCAACGGGAAGAGGCAGACGAGGUAUCGUUCUGGAGGAGGAAAGUCCCAAAACCAGAACGAGUUGACUGUGGAAGAGCUGAGGUCCUUCGUCCAACAGCUGGACAACCUGCCAUGCAACAUCCGACAGGCUCCUUUACUAAAAGACCUGCUGACCCGGGUGGACGACUUCCAGCAGCGCAGCAACCGUCUGCUGUCUGACGAGGCGCCCAGCCCCCAGGAGCUGCAGGAGCUGCUGGAUGUGAGUCUGGGCCUGGACGUGGAGCUGCCGCAGCUGCCGCUGCUGAGGGAGCGGCUGGAACAGGCGCGCUGGCUGGAGGCGGUCCAGCAAGCCAGCAGCCGGCCCGACAGCCUAUGUCUGGACACCAUGAGGAGGCUGAUAGACCAGGGAGUGGGCCUGGCCCCCCACAGCUCUGUGGAGAGAGCCAUGGCUCGCCUGCAGGAGCUGCUGACCGUGUCGGAGCAGUGGGAAGAGCGGGUGCUCGGCCUCAUGGACGCCAGGCCGUAUCCCAGCAUUGAGACGCUCGAUGAUGCUUUACAGGAAGUGGAGAACAUCCCUGCUUAUCUGCCCAACUGUCUGCAGCUGAAGGAUGUCGUUGCUAAAGCCAAGAAGUGGCUUAACGAAGCAGAAAUGCUCCAGAUGGGGGGACGGAUCCCCGUGCUGGACAGCCUCUCUGAGCUGGUUCUCAGAGCGGACGGCAUCCCGGUGAGGCUCGACCUGCUGGGCCGACUGGAGGCUCUGAUCAGCGACGUGCAGAGCUGGAAGGAGAGCGCAGCGAAAACAUUCCUACUGAAAAACUCUCCCCUGUCGCUCCUCGAGGUCCUCUGCCCAAGAUGUGACGUCGGUUCUGGGCAUCAGAAGUGCAGAUCUAAAAAAGUAAAAGAAGCUCUGCAGCUCAAUAAAAAAGCUUCCCUAAAACUGGAGUCGGUGUGCGACGUGGAGAGAGCUCUGUCUGAGAGCAAAGACUCUCCGUCUGCUAUGAGCGCUCUGGCUGACGUGCGGCAGAGGGAGAUGGAGCUGCUGCUGGCGCUCAGAGCGUCCAACGAGUCCAAACGUCUGCCUGCUGAAAACUCCUCUGCACUUACUGUCUGCCUUUGCCAAAAGGCCCCUUCAGGCGCCAUGGUUCAGUGCGAGCUGUGCCGAGACAUUUUUCACCGCGACUGCGUCACCACGGCAGCAGAGCUGGAGUACGGCCAGGCCUGGCUCUGCCCACUGUGCCAGCGGUCGAGGAAGCCUCCUCUGGACAAGGUUCUGCCGCUGCUGGCCUCGCUGCAGAGGAUCCGGGUUCGUCUGCCAGAGGGAGACGCGCUCCGCUUCCUCAUCGAAAGGACGGUGAGGUGGCAGCACAAAGUCCAGCAGGCCUGCACCGACGGCCUGUUAGAGAGAGUGCCAACCACGGGGCGACUCGGACCUAAAACAUCUUCAUAUUUGACUCAGGAAAUAAAUGGUUCAUUUCACACAAAGCAUCUCUCUAUUCCACUCCAAGCACUUGGUCCUGAGCUGGAGGAGCUGAUGGUGGAGGGUUUCCUGCUGCAGGUCACCCUGCCUGAGACUGAACAGCUGUACAGAUAUCUGCUGUACAAACUGGCCCCGCCGUCCUCACACAACUCCCCCAGCAGGAACGGGGCAGAGCAGUCCGACGAGGGGAGCCCCCGACACAACAAGAACGGAGGCUCCAGUCUGAAGAAGGAAGUGAAUGGACAAAGCAAAAGGACUAAACGGCGGAAGGACAGUUCAGACUCUCAGCACAGCGAGAAGGCCAAAAAGUCUCGCAAGAAGAAGCCGAAGAAGAUCAAAGAAAGGAGCGAAGAGUCGAAGAGGACAAGUUCCCCCUCGCACACCUCGUCAGAUCCGGCUCUUUCUGAUUCGGAGGAGGACUUCUCGCUGUGUGCUGCACCCUGGUGCAGAGAGCCCGAGGGCGACGAGGUGAACUGGGUCCAGUGUGACGGUAACUGUAACCAGUGGUUCCACCAGGUCUGUGUGGGACUGUCUGCCGAGCGCGCCGAGAAAGAGGACUAUAUUUGCAUAAGCUGCACACAGCCCGAUUACGACCGAGGCGAGUGAUGACCAAACCGUGAUGUUGAAGGACGAGCAGUCGUUUUUACACCAGCCGCAGCACCGAAGCGCACACGUGAACUCUGUGUCUGCUGUGGCUUCUCCUUUUUACCUUCUGGCUUGCCCUCAGUGAACAUGGUGCUAUUUCCUCCCCCCUCCUCCUAGAGUUACUAAAGACUUCUGUCACUGUUUUUGUCACUCGGCUGGUUUUUCAGCUAAUCAACUAAUCCUUUACGAAACUUUCCAAGACUGGAYGCWGAUGUGGUKUGA